UUAUCCAUCCAAUUUUCCAAAGCCCCCAAAAUCGAAACUAAAAACUAAAAAGUUUCAGUUUUUAACGCAGCCGCGGCGACCCAUCACCGAACACACCUCAUAGCUUCUUACUUCUUCAACUACCAAACCAACUUCUUCUUCUUCUACUACCAUGGCUUCUUCUUCCUCUGUUUUUGUUCUGCUUUCCUUUCUUUUCUUCACCCUCUUCCAUGUUCAGAUCUCAGCUUCUUCUCUGAUUCUCCCUGUCACAAAAGACUCUGCAACGCUUCAAUACUUGACCACACUCUCUUAUGGAACCCCUCUUGUUCCCACAAACCUUGUUCUGGAUCUUGGGGGUUCCAACCUCUGGAUCGAUUGCGCAUCGAGGAACGCCCCUUCUUCUUCCUCAAUCUCUGUUCCUCACCGUUCGAUUCAGUGCCUCACGGCGAAAAGCCACGAAAUUGAGACUCAGGCAUGGGUCACUAGCCUCUCAAACCCUGAAGAACUUGACCAGCCAUGUCAAAUUCUCUCUCAAAACAGCAUCACCGGAACAAAAUCCUCGGAGGGUGAGCUCGUUCAGGACCUCAUAGCACUGAAAAGGUGGAAGCUUGAAGAAGAAGAAGGACCAAAGAGUCAGAUUCUCUUUGCUUGUUCACCAACACUUCUCUUGAAGGGUUUAGCGAGUGGUGCUAAGGGAAUUGCAGGUCUUGGAAGAUCUCGAAGUUCAUUCACAUCACAGAUCUUUGAUUCUCUUACAACUCAAAGAAAGAUGAGUUUUUGUGUCUCAUCUUCAUCUGGGGUUGUGGUUUUUGGUAACAUGGGUUAUGAAUUUCAACCAUCUGAUGAAAUUCUCAGAUCUUUAACCUUCACACCCCUUUUGACCGCCACCAACAACCAGAAGAACCCUAAUUCACAGGAGUAUUUCAUCAACGUCAAUUCCAUCAAAAUCGGUGGGAAAAAGGUUUCCUUUAACACGCCAUCGCUGUCACAAGAUGGCAAUGGAGCUAUGUUGAGUACGGUUGUGCCUUUCACAACUUUGCACAGUUCAAUCUAUGAGAUUUUUGAGAGUGCUUUCUUGAAAGCUGCUUUGGCCAUGAACAUGACAAAAGUGGAAGCUUUAGCACCUUUUGGUCUUUGUUUCAGUUCUGAGGGGAACCCAAGUGUGCCAAUUAUUGACUUUGUGCUUCAGAGUGAGAUGGUGAAGUGGAGCAUCCAUGGAAGGAACUCAAUGGUGAAGGUCAACGAAAAGGUUAUGUGCUUAGGGUUCCUGGAUAGUGGUGUGGAUGCAAAGAAUAAUAUUGUGAUUGGAGGGUUUCAAUUGGAGGAUGUUUUGGUUCAGAUUGAUCUUGAUACUAACAUGGUUGGAUUCAGCAAUUCACUUUUGAUGAAGCAAACUAGUUGUUCUGAUUUCAAGAGGCUUGCUUCUUCCAUGGUUGCAGCAGAGUGAUUUGACCAAAAUAACCCCUGCUAUUGAUUAUGAUAUAUAAUUGAUGAGGCAUAAUACAUAGUUUUUUUGUUUUCUUUUUUUAGAUUAAGGGUGAAUGCUGAACAUUUUAGUAUCAGUUUUUGAAAUCACCUUAAAUGUUUUGUGUGUAUACUACUAAUGGUUAUUGUUGGGAAGUUGGAAGGCACCUUUUGAUAAUUGAAUAGUUCUCUUGUAUGAGCUUUAAUCAGUUGAGUUGUUUUGUUUUAGGCUUAAUUUUGUGUGUUUAUUUUGUCGGUGUGAUAAGAUAUGAUGAAGAUGAUAGGCAAUAAUGUGAAUAUGGAAAUGGAACAAGUUGUGGAAUAUUUUGAUAGUGGGAAGAGCAUAUCCAUUUUGCACCAUUCAUUUCAUUAUAAGGCACUUUUGUUAUUA